AAGAUAUUCCCAUUGCUGCGGGGCCCAUUACCAGUCCAAGACACUCUCAUGCCGCUCUGCCUGGACUGUUUCGCCUUCCUGGCGCCACGGAAACACCAGACCUCGCCUGAGGAGGAGCCAUUGGCACCCAGGCAACAGGACUUGGCAGUGCCGCCAAGGGUUCAGCUCGCUCAUGCUUUGCCAAAGAAGCAGGGCUGGGAGGCAUUGCUACAAGAGGAGGAUGUGCAAUGGCUGCAUAUUGGUGACGGCUGGCUUCCGCCCUUGGUGGAGGUGCCUCUAAAGCUGCGUGUGGGAGAGAAGGAGUUCAGGAGACUGGUGAAGCCUCCGAGUGUGGAAGCCUUGUGGGAGUGGUACGAGGAGCAUGGCAAGACGUCGGCAGACCCGUCCUGGGCACAGGUUUGGCCCUGCGCUGCUGCGCUGGCCCUACUGUUGACCCGGCAGCCUGGGUACACCGUGCGAGGGAAGCGUGUGGUGGAGCUGGGCGCUGGUCUGGGUGUCGCUGGCCUAGCAGCCGCCUUGGCCGGUGCUGAUGUAUUGCUUUUAGACCGGGAGCCCUUGGCGUUGCACUGCGCGGCCUCUACGGCCGCCUUGCAAAGCCUGCCCGUGGGCGCUGUGGAUGCGCCCCACGCGGAGCACAUGGUCCGGGCUGCCGUGUACGACUGGUCAGCUUCGCAGACGUUCAACUUCCCAGCUGAUGUCGUGGUGGCCUCAGAAGUGCUCUAUGACCCUUCAGAGGCUUUGCAGGUCUCGGUGAGCGCAAUGAAGCUCAUGGGCGAGGCGCAGCCAUGCGUGGCCUUCGUCUCGAACACGGAUGACCUUGCACAUAACAACAGCCAGCUCUCCCUGAACAUCAGCUUAGAGGCUCCUCAGCUGCGGAACUGCCGCUUGCUGAUCACCGACCCCAGGAGGGAGCGCUGUCCGGGUACCCGGGAAGCCUUGGCAACAGGAUUGCGCCAGGCUGGAGCCACCGUGGAGCUCUACGAGGCGCCGACACCUUGUUUGGGAGAUGGCUUGCAAGAUCAGGAGGAUGUGGCUGUGAUCGAUGCCAUUUGGAAGUGA